AUGAACGGGGCAGAAACACGGAUAUACGGUGAAUCGCAUACGACGGGCCAGCUCCCCACGCCUUCUUCAACGCCUGAACCGGACGAUGUGGCACUUCCGAGUGGCCGCCGCGCCCAUGAAGCCAAAACCGAGGAACCGCUACAGAACAUGACGAAUGGCGCCAAAGCCGAGCCAAAUAGCGCAAUCAGCUCCAGUGCGCCGAGCAGGAGGCCCAGCGUGCACGAAGAGGCCAUUCUCUCCGACACCAGCGAGAAGAUACGGCCUAUCAAGCGGCCGGGAGAUGGGCGGCGGAGGAGCAGCGUGUCGGAGCACGAGAAGAUCCUCAAACUCAGUCCCCGCCAGAUCCAGGAACUCACGAGCGAGCCUGCGAGCAUUCCCGUUCGAGCAGCCACGCCGAUUCUCGAAGACGAGCUGGAAGACGCCACACCGCUUGAAGAUGGGGAUGGACAGGGCAACAACAAGCUCUUGGGCGUCGUGCUGGAGCGGCCGGUGGAGCUGAAUGGUGAAGCGAGGAGAGAGAAGGGAUCAAGAGGGCGGGACGGGCCGCGAGAGAAGGAAGUCGUCCUGAUCAAGACACCUGCAACCGAAUUGCGCAACGGCCGCCCGGUGCUUUCCUCACGAUCCGUUACCACGCCCUCGCUCCCACGAAGGACCACGUCAAGGUCGCGAUCACGUACACACAACCAGACACAAGAGACAGAAGAUCGGAGGCAUGGCAGGCAUGUCCCUCCGCCAUUGAGUCUGGACCACAGAGAUGGCACGUCAAAGGGCCACGACCGACACAAAGAGACGCGCGAGAUACGUGAGCAGGUCUCUCCGACACCAAUCGCGCUCCCACUUCCGCCAAUGUCCAUGCCUACCUUUCUCUCCCUGGAACUGUCUGCCAGCCGCCCCUCUCCAUUGUACAUAUACCGGCCCGCGACGACAGACUUUCCCUACGAAACAUCCGAGAUAAAGUACGAGCGCUUGCUCAACUUCCUGAGGAUACCGCUGAAGAUCGAGGGCAUACUUGGGUUUGGAGCGCUGGCUUGUCUGGACGCAUGGAUGCACGUCUUGACAAUCUUGCCCCUCCGCUUCCUGCUCGCCAUUGCCAUCUUGGUCAAAUGGUGGGGCUCGGUCAUUGUCAAAGAGUUUCGCGAUCUCUGGGCUUUUGUGUACGAUGGCCUUCCUCGUCUUUGGCAGCGCAGGAAGCAGACAGAUGGCCCUACGCCUUUACCAACACCCGCUGAGGAAGUGCCCCCGUCCAUGUCGCGGAAGCCAUCAUCCUCUACCAUUCCCUCGGCCAAUACUACAGCUAGGCAGAACCCUCAGAUGUCUACGACUUUCAAGUUCCCAGACAUGAAUGAGCUCAGAGCGCGCCGGCCUCGAAACUCCCGAUUCCGUCACCGCCGUACCAAGUCCACGCCUUCUACACUACAACCAAGCCACAAAGCAGACAUAUUGAAAGGUCUACUGGUCAUUGCCAGCUGCUUCGUUCUGAUGCGUUUCGAUGCCAGUCGCAUGUACCAUGGCAUUCGCGGACAGUCAGCCAUCAAGCUCUAUGUCAUCUACAACGUCCUCGAGGUCUGUGAUCGUCUGCUUUCAGCUGUUGGUCAAGAUGUGCUUGAAUGUCUCUUUUCCCGCGAGACACUAGAUCGCAAUCCCGACGGCAGAAGCAAGGUCCUCCGUCCGUUUGGAAUGUUCGCACUCGCACUGGUAUACACUGUCGCCCAUGCUACAGCGCUGUUCUACCAAGUGAUAACGCUGAACGUGGCCGUCAACUCCUAUUCCAACGCACUACUGACGCUCCUGAUGUCCAAUCAGUUUGUGGAGAUCAAGGGCACGGUGUUCAAGAAGUUCGAAAAGGAGAACCUAUUCCAGAUUACCUGUGCAGACAUCGUAGAGCGCUUCCAGCUCUGGCUCAUGCUUCUCAUCAUUGCCAUGCGCAACGUUGUUGAAGUAGGCGGCUUGAGUAUCCAAAGUAGCGACACUUCUUGGACGGCCAUGUUCACUGGAUCUGCCAAUGCGUCUGCGACCGCGUUCAAGGCUACGAGUAUCAUACCUAUGAGCUUUACUAUCUUUCCAAAGUAUAUUGCGCAGGUACUUAAUCCGUUCCUGCUGGUGUUGGGUAGCGAGAUGUUUGUCGAUUGGCUGAAGCAUGCGUACAUUACCAAGUUCAAUCAGUACAAGCCAGAGGUGUAUAGCAAGUUCUUCGACGUUCUGGCAAAGGACUACUAUUCUAAUGCCUUUGCUGAUGCAGACUUGACACGACGUCUUGGCUUGCCAGUCAUACCAUUAUCCUGUCUCUUCAUCCGUGCCGCCAUUCAAACCUACCACAUGUUCAUCGCCAUGCACAUGCCGCCUCCCCUGCACACGACAUCAACAUCCCUUUCUUCGGACCCGACCUCCUCCCCCACAACGACUGCAGCACUAGCCCACAUCGACCACGUCUUCCGCCGGGCCCUAGGCCGCUCCUCCUUCGGCGCCGGUAUCCCCUCCCAAGCCUGGUACAAUCCCCUCUCCUACACGCUCGACGACCUCAUCGCCGGCUCCACCAUGCUCAUCGUCUUUCUCGUCGGCUACCUCAUCUUCCUCGCUUUCAAGCUCAUCCUCGGCAUGCUGCUCUUAUCCGUAAGCCGCAAGCGGUAUCACGGUAUGCAGGAACGGGAAAAGAUGAAUGUUGAGACUGGGGGUAAGAGAAUUGGGGGCUGGGGCGUUGUAGACGUCGAUGAGGAGAAGAGGAAGGUGAUUUACGAUGACGACCCUGAGACGCUGAAGAGGUUGAGGGAGAGGGAUGAGAAAAGUAGGAAGAAGGAGGCGGAGGAGAGGGAGAGAGGGACAAGCUUUGGGCAUGUUAGUCGGUAUGCUAUGGUUGCCAAGAGGAUUUGGUGA